AUGCAACUUUGGUAUAAACUGUUGCAAGAAGAAUUGAAAACAGGUCAAACGAGUUGCUCACCAGGCCAGGGACCAGGGCGAACGUCCCAUCCUCGUUGGACCAGAAGCCCUCAACCAUUUCGCCCCCCAGUCAAAGUCCCUUUUAUCCAAAUUAAAAAGAAAAGAAAACAUUGGAAGAAAAAUGGAAUUUAGAAAGGAGUUUGAUAUUCUAGUAACUGACUGAUUUGCUUUGUGAAUCUUAUGUCUGUGCUUAUGUCAUGUCUUUUUAUAUCUUUAAAUGAUUCAAUGUCUUUUUAAAAAUGCUAAACAUUGUGUUGUAAAUACCUUCGAUCAUUUUAAAAAUUUCCAAGUGGAUAGCAUAUCCCAUACCCUAUAGAUUUGCAUGAGUUGUUGGAAGCUAGGCUAGGCUAAACGGACGUUAGUGACUGAGUUGUGGUACAUUUACAUAAACAUAUCAUGCAAGUACUGAAGAUUGAAUCUAUCUACAGUAUAAUGUAAACACUGUAUAUCUAAAAAUCUUUUUCACAAAAUGUACGAAAUGUAGUCUUUAAAGGGUGGAAAAAUACAAAAACUUUCACCCAGACCCCCUUAACUAAUACUGUAAUACAUACAAGUGAUACAACACCACACCAAUUUUUUUUGUCACCAACAUCUGUCAUCUGCUACACUCAAAGUAGUAUGGUCCCUUUUAAAAAAAGGCCCUUUUUGUAGAUGCCCCCCUCCCCACGGACGAAUUCAGUAAAAAGGCCCUGGGAAAUCUCGUACCAACCCUGCACCACUGCCCUGCUCCCUGGGUAGCAGCACAGCUCUGGGUGUGAGACUUAUACCAAUUAAAAUUUGGAAUCCACCUCACUGAAAAUCUGUAAUAAUAAAUAGUAAAUAAUAAUUUGAUAUGUAUAUAUAAAGCUUUAAUUUUUAUUUUCUUGUAAUUAUUGCAGUAAUUCAAAGGCUAAAAAUUGUGGUGUAACUCCAGCUGUUUAUGCCGAUCAGUGUCUGUAAAUAAUUUAUUCACUGAACUUCAUUCAAUCUGAUUCAAUCGUCCAUCUUGUAAAAGACUGUAAAGUCAGCAGUAAAGACUAAAGAGAUUUUGUAAAUUGUUCAACUUAAUUUACAAAAACCAGUUUGAACUAAACUACACAAGGAUGAACUGUUUCAGGUGGGAAGGCGACAAAGUGCCAUUUGACGGAGCAUUUGAUGUUGGAGGGAAAUAUAUGAUCAAGUUAAAACCACUUCAGCAACACGUUUCUUCAUGCUCGACUGUCCCUCUUAGUGAAAUCUGUGCCACACGAGCUCACGAAUCCGAGCGCUGUCUUUGACAGAGGUAUUUAUACAUUUAUUUAGUUCAUGGCUAUGGCGACGAUUUUGUGAGCAAAAACAAUAAUCGUAGAAUACUAGUUUGUUUUUGUUGUAAUAUGCCAACUCUUCUCUUUUAUAUAAUCAUACAAAUACACAUAUAAAUAUUCACACUCGCAAUUUCCUGCGACAAAUUCCUUCUACAAAUUAGUUUAUAUUAAGUGUAGAUGCCCAAAAUCCUGAUAUUUACCAAUACACCUUCGUGAAUAUAUACAGUACAUACGCGAACGUGUGGUUAGAGCUUGACAACUGGCCUCUAGCUGUAGCUCUGUUGGUUAUAGCUCUGGGCUAUUCCAUUUGAUAUCGACACUCCCCUGUGGACGAGGUCUCUUAUUUUAGACCCCUUCGGAAAUGUUUUUAGCCAUUGCACUUCAAAACUCUUACCAAACACCCUUGGAAAUUUCCAAUUUUUCUCAUUCCCCUCGGAAAUACAUGUCUGUUGACGAGGUUCGAUGACAAGAAACCCCCUUCGGAAAUCUUUCCAUGACCCCCCCCCGAAAAUCAAUUGUUAGUGAUAAUUGGAAAAUUGGAAAAUCGUCCAAUUUAAUUUUUUCCUCGCCCUUUCAGAAAUUUUUCAAUUCUGUUAAAUUCCCUUGGAAAUGCAAUUUUCAAGAACCCUUUGAACUUACAAAUUUGGGGGCCCUUCAGAAAUAUAUAUUCUACUCCCUCAGAUUGCAACUCAGUGAGUAAUAUAUAUUUGCAAGUUGUUCAAUUUAUUUAUUUAUUUAUUAAACUUUGCCAAGAUAAAACGUGAACACAAACAUGACAAUAUAACAGCGAACAUAUGCGUCACUGAAUCUAACAACGAAUGGCGGGGACACCACAACAGUAUAAACCAAUUACUGCGGGCCCUGAUUAGCUAGCGCUAGCUGUGGGUUAUAUUUAACCCAUUGCUUUGGUUUCGCAUAUAUCUGGGCAUCUGUUUAUUUCAAAACUUUAGAAAAUUAAACUUCUGAUGAUCCAGACAAGAUUUCUGAAAAAAUAUUUCCAAGUUUUAUAAGAAGCUGCUGGAAUGCUUUGAAUUUCACAUUAACCCAUAGUUGAAUGACUUUACCAUAGUUGACAUUUUCCCAAACUAAAAGUAUUACCCAUUUGAGUUUGUUUAUUAGUCCCAGGGGCGGAUCUAGGAAUUUUUGUACGUUAGUCAAAAAUUUUUCUUGCUACUAUGUGUUUUACUUUUUGUCUGUGGGGUGGCGGGUAUUCCCUCCUUGUCUGUGGGGGGAGUUACUGCACUAUUAAUUUAUUCAUUGUUACCCGAUAUGAUGGUGUCUGGUAUUUUAUUUCUUUAUUUUCUAUAAUACUGACUGUUUCGAGUCAGGGCUCAUCAGCAUGUUCUUUAAAUAAAAAAACUUGUGGGCGGACACUUAAUGAAAUAUUCUGGUCUUUCGGGGAAGGGGGAAAAAAGUUCAACAUGUAUGCCAAAGGGGUUUGGGUGUCCGUUUAAGACCCUGUUUACACGGUACCGGACAAAUUUGGGACUGGUCUGAAAUUCGUCCUUUUUCGCCUGUUUACACACAAAUUCGUCCUGUUAGGGGGUCUCAAAUUCGUCCGGUUCCGUGGUUCUUGUGUGUUUUAUACACUGCUGAAACAGCAGAAUUUCACCCCAGUUCCAAAUGCGUCCGGUACCGUAUAUACGGGGUGUAAGGCUCUAAGUUAUGCAAAUCUUUCAGAACAUGUAGUCAUUUGAUGAAAUGAAUAAAGAGUCCCGGGACUAUGAGUCCUGUUCUAUUUGACUGACAUUACUGCUCAUACUUUUUCUAAGAUCAUAAUGAAUUAAUUGUGUUGAUUAGCAUUGUUGUGUAACAGUUAUAACUAUCAGUUCUAUCCUUUUCUAUCAGUAGAGCUGUAAGGAAUCCUACACAGAACAAAAUAGAUUGUAUACAGGCAUUAAAAUAUCGGUCGGUCACGGACAUUGUCCGACCCAUUCGUCAAAUUGUCCGACGUAGAGAGGAAACCACCGGACAUUCUGUCCAACCUAAGUGAAACUGAAGUUUAUUCUUUGUCCGACCUGAGUGAACUGUCCCUUUGUGUAGAACUGUAGCAAACUUUGUGUAGAACUGUAGAACUGUAGCAAAAUAUACCCUAGUACAGGACUAGAGGCUCGUAUGUCAUAAUGGAGAACCAGAGUAUUGUACAAAAAUGAACCGGAAAUGUUGUUUUGUAAUAAUGUCACCACCGGAGCACGGGGCGGCGAGCGAAAUGGUGAAGUGGAAAACGGGCUUAAGUUGUCGAAGUCGUACUGCUAUUAUUGGCAAGCAAGUUAAUCUUUGCUUGGAAAUAAGUAUAAAUGACACAAAUUAUUUAAUAUUUUCACAACAUUUAGUUCUGAAUUAAUAUAUUGUGCUGAUAUUAAUUUGCGUCAUUUAGACUUAUUUCCAAGCCAAACUGAACUGAAGGUUAUCGGACAUCAUCGUACAUAUGUCCGACCCAAACUCAAAGUCAUCGGACAUUUUGUCAGACGGCCCUAUAAAAAAGAUAUUUUAAGGCCUGCAUUGUAUAAAAUGCAUAUGUUGUGGCAUCAUUGGCAUACUGCAUGUACUAUUACUUUGUACAGAAUCAUGUCGUGCUUGCUAAUAUUGAUAACUUUAACUUACAUUUUAUUUAAUAAUCAUUAUUUAAUAUGGCAUUUACUGCAUUUGAUCUGAUAUUUUCUGAAGCAUUCACAAGGGAAACGACAAACAUAUUUUAAGGUUAUAUUUUCGUUUGCUUCGUAAGCUGUGCCUCAAUCACGCCUUACUCUAAAAGUUCCUUAACAUCUAUCAAAUUAUUGUUCAAUAUAAGUAUUGUGGCAUAUUAUUAAACUAAAGUGCAAGGGAUCACGAAGUAAUUGUAUAAUUGUAUUUUAAUGGUAUUCAUUUGUGGUGUUUUAUCCUUAGGCUUAGGCUUAGAGUUUUCAUUUGGGGAUCAUGUUCAAUCGUAUGGUCUGCUAGCCAAUGGGUCCCCAAACUACAAGAUCAAGGAACUUCGGUUAAACGCAGAAAGUAUUUGGAAAGAUGCUGUGGAAUAUUCAUCAAUGAAUGUCACAAAGGAGCAGUGCUUAUUUCAGAAUGUAGAAUGGUUUUCAACAGAAAAUUCUCAACUUCCCUCUGGCUCUGUCAAUCUGGACAUCAUAGAUGGGAAAUUUGAUGCUCAUACUAAUCUGGAUACUUCAAGUAGCAACCGUAGGUCUUCUUUCAUUGGCUUCCCUAUAUCAACAUCUGAGAGCGAGUACGUGACUGAAAACUUUGAAGGAACUACUACUGCUCAAACUUGUGGCAUGCUUUCUUGCCCUGAACAACAGGAGGAUUAUAUGAGUGGGAAAAGAACAAGAAACAACGAAGCAUGCAAGAAAUUUCGCAAGGCAAGGAAAACUCGCCACGAGCAAUUGUAUAUAAUGGAAGAGAGAAUGCUGAAAGAAAAUUAUUUUCUCAAGAAUCGAGUCAGUGCCUUGGAAAAAGAAAUAGAAAAGUGGAAAGAAUUUUUUGAGAAUCAGAAGUGA